AUGGGGGGCGGACGACCAGUUGAUGAUGCCCAAAUUGCCGGUGCCGAACGGUUGUCGAAUUCGAGUCGAGCUGCUAUCACGAAGGCAAACUCCUCUUCUCAUGAUCACUUACGUGGCCACGAACAUCGUAGCUUGCGUACUCAGUCAGUCAGGUGCGUCAAUGGUUCAAUGAUGGUUGGGAUGAAGUCUGUUAGCCAGUUCGUUGUUGCCCGGCUGCGCAUCGAUUACCAUGCUUAUGACCCCAAGAAUGCAGGUGUCGUCCUGGUGAUGAUGGCAUGUAGUCCUUAUCGGGCCGGUUUAUCAGUCACUCACGGUACAUGUUUUCCGUCAAUCAGCCCAACAAAAGUUGGCCGAAAGCAAAAUAAUCCCGCAUACUAUGCUGUCUACCAAUCGGCCCUGGGUAAUGAUCGGACUAUAUGCCGCGGAGUGAGGCCAGGAGCAGAGGGAGUUGAUUGCUUGGUCAAGUUCUCCAAAUCCUGCCGAAGCCAGUGA